AUGUUACUACCCGUCUGGGAUAGAGCAGAGAGAGUAGUUUCAUCUCUCUUUAAAGAGAGAAACCAUUGUGUGAAAAACGAAACUGGUUUGGGUCGUAUGUGUGAUGAUGAUGAUCAUCACAACCAUUGUAAUGACAGAUUGAUGAUCAACGUUUUAAAUCGAUCAUUACGUUAUUAUUCAACAACUGUCAGCAGAACAACAACAACAACAUCUCAUUUAAAAGUAUCAUUUAUAAUGAGCCAAAAAGAACAAGAACAAGAACAAUGGGAAUCGAUAGAGUUGAUAAACAAUACACUUAAUCUUCGCAAGACAUUGUUGUCGGGACAAUCAUUUGUUUGGAGGAGAACUAAACCAUCAGCAUCAGCGGCUGAUCAAGACAUCAAUACUGACAAUGAAAGAUGGCUUGGUGUUAUUGGAAAACAUGCUGUUCAACUUCAAAGACGGGACACCUACCUUGACUAUCAAUUCAUCGAUUCAAACAAUCGUAUCAAUUUCAAUAAUACUAGUAUUGGACCAGAUGAAAGAAGAUCAAUCAUCAAUGAUUACUUUAAUUUAAAGUAUCAUUUACCUUUACUCUUUGAAACUUGGAGUAAUGGUGAAACAAAAGAAACAAACGAAUCAAAAGAGGAUAAAGAAAACGAACAAGAUGAGGAAGAAGAGGAUAAAGAUGCUUCAUUACAUUCAUUAAAUAAGGAAUUUAUUAGAGUAUCACCAUCAUUUAUUGGUCUAAGAUUACUUAGGCAAUAUCCGUUGGAUUGUUUAUUCUCUUUUAUAUGUUCGCAAAAUAACAAUAUUACACGUAUCACUAAAAUGGUCAAUUCACUUUGUGAAACCUAUGGUGAUCAUAUUACAACGUUUCAAGGACACCGACUUUGUUCCUUUCCAACUUUGGAACAAUUAUUAACAAUCAAAGAGUCAUCAUUGAACGAUUUGGGAUUUGGAUAUAGAUCAAAGUUUAUUGUAAAAGCUGCACAACAAGUAAAAGAAAAGGGUGGAUUACAAUGGUUACAAUCACUUCGUACAUCAAAUCAUGAACAUUCCCAUAAAGAAUUAAUUAGUUUAAUGGGUGUUGGACAAAAAGUGGCAGAUUGUGUUUGUUUAUUUUCAUUGGAUAAAUUUGAUAUUGUUCCAAUUGAUACACAUAUAUGGACCAUUUCCAAAAAACAUUUCCCAUCACUGAAAAAUAAAUCAUUAACUCAAAAGGUGUACCAAGACAUAAGAGUACUUUGGAAAGACAGAUUUGGUGAUCAUACAGGAUGGGCUCAUACCAUUUUAUUUGCAAAUUCAAUUAAAAGUAACAAAGUUAAAGACAAUGUAAAAGUUAAAGAUAAAAAAGUAGAAAAAAGAAAGGAUAAAGAAGAAAAUGAAGAAGAAGAUAUCGAGGAAGAAGAAGAAGAAGAAGAAUUAAAAAGAGAUAAAAAGAAAAAGAAAUAA